GAAACUAUAAAUUCCAACUGGAAUGCGGUGCUAUGCAGCUGGAAGUCCAUUUUGCUUUGACAUUUGACAGCUCGUACGACAUCUUUGAUUUUUCUAACUUGUCAAAAGUGUCAUCUUCGGUCAUUUAUAAAAAACCUCGUACUUCACUAUGGCAAAACGUUUAGCCCAAUCAUCGAUCAACUGGGCCGCUCUAGCCGAGCGUGUUCCCCCAAACCAAAAGGCCAACUUCCAGUCCUUUAAGACCAAGUCGGACGUCUACAUGCGCGCAGUCAUGGCUAACCCCGAAAAUCCACCAAAAAUCGAUUGGGCUCAAUACAAGGCUAUCAUUCCAAUUCCCGGAUUGGUUGAUAAAUUCCAAAAGCAAUACGAAGCUUUGAAAAUCCCCUACCCAGCCGAUAAUGUGACAGCUCAGGUUGAGGCUCAGGCCAAGGAAACCAAGGCAGAAAUUGAAUCCUUCAAGAAGGCAUCCAAUGAACGCAUUGCUAAGUUCCAAAAGGACAUUGAGCACUUGAAGUCUCUGCUGCCAUACGACCAAAUGACCAUGGAGGACUACCGCGAUGCAUUCCCCGAAGAGGCUUUGGAUCCAAUCAAUCGUCCAACAUUCUGGCCCCAUGCCCCUGAAGAUCAACUCGGUCAUGUCGACAAGAAUGCUCAACCCUCUGAAGGCCAUUAAGUGUGUUCGAGUCCACUGAAGAAGAGUUUUAUGUGGUGGAUAAAGUGAAUGUUACGAUACGAUGAUAGAUUUUUCUCAAAUUAAAAAAUGAAAAUGUUAAAUUCAGAAAAAUAAACGAAACCUUUUGAAAGUCUUUCACAA